AAAAUGGCGGUGGCCUGGAGAGGCGCUUUAGCGGCUGUAGCCCGCGGUUGCCUGCGGGGCGCGGCGGCUGCGCCGAGGGCCCCCAGGAGCCAUAAGCGGGGGACGGGCCUGUGGGUGGCCGCUGCUGUGGCAGGCGGUGUCACGUUGGCAGGCUUGCGUCGAGGAUGGCGCGGGCAGGCGGGGACCGACGGCAUCCUGACAGUCCUGGCUCAGACAGAAGAUGUUCAAGAUGAAGAGAUGGCUGAAAAGCUCUGCAUUCGAAAGAGACGCUUUAUGCAGUUUGCUUCCUUGCAAUACGAUGGAGAAUAUUACAUGACUCCGAGGGACUUCCUGUUUUCAGUGAUGUUUGACAAACCGGGGCGUAAAACUUUGGCCAAGAAUCUGACAAAAAAGGAGGUAGAUGCUGCACUUGCAAAUGUUGCAAAGGCUAAACCAGGGCCAGCCUUUUUUAGAGACCUGGGAGAUAAAGGACUGAUCUCCUACACAGAAUACCUGUUUUUGCUGACGAUACUCACAAAACCGCAGACUGGUUUUCAUAUUGCUUUCAAAAUGUUGGAUGCAGAUGGGAAUGAACAAGUAGAGAAAAAAGAGUUCUCUAAGCUUCAGAAGAUAAUUAGGAAACAAGAUGAAUUGAAAGCAGCUUCAGGAGAUGAAACAGUGUGUCAGGAGCCAGAAUUGGAAAGUUCUGAUAUUAAUACCAUGUUGUUGGUCCACUUCUUUGGAAGAGGAGGAAAAGAGAAGCUUCACUACUGUGAAUUCUACAGAUUCAUGCAGAAUUUACAAGCGGAGGUACAAGAAAUGGAAUUUAUCCAAUUUUCCAAAGGGCUAAGCUUCAUGACAAAAGAGGACUUCCUAGAGUGGUUGUUGUAUUUUACUGAUGAGGAAAACAAUGAAAUUUACUGGCAAAAUGUGAAGGAGAGAAUCCAACCAGGAGAAUGUAUAAGUAUAGAGGAAUUUAAGACUUUCUGCCAGUUUACAAACCGCCUCGAAGACUUUUCAAUUGCCUUGAAGAUGUUUACUGUAGCAAACCGUCCUGUUAAACAAGCUGAAUUCAAAAGAGCUGUGAAAGUGGCUACAGGGCAGGAGCUCUCAGAUAAUGUUUUGGACAUCAUCUUCAAGAUCUUUGAUCUAGAUGGAGACAAUUGCCUCAGCCAUGCAGAGUUUCUUGGAGUUCUAAAGAACAGGAUGCAUCGAGGUUUGAGGGUUCCUCAGCAGCAAGGAGUCCAAGGUUAUUGGAAAUGCGUGAAGAGAGAGAGCAUUAAAGGAGCCAAAGAAGUCUGGAAACAAACUGGGAAAAGUCCUUUUUAAAAACAUCCUGAAAUACUUCAUCCCAGUCCUAUAUGUCUAGAUUUGCUC